AUACAUUUUGUCGAUUUUUCCUGGUUACAAGAUGGUGUUUUGGGAAGAUUAUUUGAGUGAUGAAGCAAUGGGUAUAAUUGCUCCAGUAGUUGUAUAUUGGUUAUAUGCAGGAGUUUAUCACCUGUUACCUCCAUUAGAUCAUUAUCGUUUACAUACAAGAAAAGAGAAAGAAGCACAAAAUGUGGUUCCACUUCCUACUGUAAUUAAAGGUGUUCUAUUGCAACAGUCCAUUCAAGCUACUGUGGCAUAUUCAUUGUUCUUGAUUAAUAAUUCUAUGUGGAGCUCAUCUGAAGUUGUGGUUCAGCCCUCUCUUCCAAUACAGUUAUUGCAGUUUAUUGUGGCCAUGUUGGUCACGGAUGCAUGGCAGUACUUUGUGCACCGCUACAUGCACCAAAAUAAGUUUCUCUAUCGACAUGUUCACUCUCAACAUCACAGGGUGGUCGUUCCUUACGCAUUUGGGGCCUUUUAUAGCCACCCGCUAGAGGGUCUUUUGCUCGAUACAUUUGGCGGUGUCGUCUCGUUCUUGAUUUCAGGCAUGACAGCACGGACGUCUGUGUUUUUCUUUUCUUUUACUAUGGUCAAAGCUAUUGAUGAUCAUUCCGGGCUCUGGCUGCCUGGUUAUAACCUCUUCCAACUUGUAUUCCCAAACAACUCCGCUUACCAUGAUAUCCAUCAUUAUGGAUUAAGAGGAGUAAAGUAUAAUUAUUCACAACCAUUUUUCAUAUUUUGGGAUAAAUUACUCGGGACAUACAUGCCUUAUACUCUUGUGAAGCGACCUGAAGGAGGAUUCGAAGUAAGGCCACUAAAAUAAUAGCGAGUGCAAUCAGUGGCAAAUCUAUAAUUGACUUUCACUUUGUUCGUGAGCGAGUAGCAAGUAAGCAGCUUCAAGUAAGGUUUAUAUAUAUCUUCACAAAGGGUGGUCGUCCACAUUUUCGAUAUUUGCGAGACAAGUUAAACAUUUGACCGUUCACGCUCAACUUGAGGGAGGGUGGUGUCAGGGAACUUGAAUUCUUCCAGCUUUCACAAGUCUGAGUCUGAAGAGCCUUCAACAAACUUGAAUUCCUCAAUUAUCUAACAGUAAAAGCCACUGACUUUUUAUAAAGUUGAGAGUUUAACAUCUUAUCUAUUAAUUGUAACGUAUUACGGGAUGUAAAUAGAACUGAUCAUCUCCACCAAGUUGUGUGUCAG